GAAGUUCGGCGGAACGUUUGAUGUUUCGCGAAACGGUCGCAGUCUGGUAAUAUACUCAACGUAUUUAUGGGUUUCCGCGGUGGGAGGUUACUAGUAAAUUUGAUUUGAAUGAAAAGGAAGCAUACAGAAAAAUCUGCUUACGUGUCAGCACCAGUAAUGCCAACCAGUGUACAAGAAGAUCUUAGUGAUGUGAGCGAUGAUUUUGAAGAUACAUACAAUACAGAAGUAGCUAAUAUUCAGACUCAGUUAGAUCAAUUGGAUAACAAAACUCAUCCAGAAUUUGUGAAAAUUCGUGAAGAAAUCGAAACUUGGUAUUCGGAACAAAAACAACGUAUUCAAAUUCUACAUGAACACAAAUUAGAUACUAUUUAUCGUGAGUAUACAAAAGAAGCUGAAGCAUGUGAUCGGGAUUGUGAGCAUGAGAAACGACGAAUUCAAGCUUAUUUAGUAUCAUUAUGUGAAGAACUGAAACGACGUUUGGAACAUGAUAAGAGAAGCAUUGAAUUGACUCCAAGUGGAGAUAUUCUUGAAUUUAAACCUGCGAUAACUCGGAAGUUGAGAAGACGCGCUAUAGGUGGGGUUGGUAGUGGUGUUAGCGUCGGCUCGGGGGGCGGAAAUGAUGUUUCCGCUUCAAAUCCAGCUAAUUUCAUGUAUUGGGGUGACUUACUUCUUUGUGGUUCACAUUGGCCAGUGAAUUCGAACUUGAGUACAAGAUUACAGAAACCCAAUUCAAAUGAUUCAUACAGUUCUAGUGCUAUUGCAAAUAGCAAUGAUGAAAAUACCGAUCCAAUCCAAUCGUCAUCAAAUUUAGAGAAUGAACCUAAAGAGAAUGCUUUAAGUGAUGUAACGGGAAUUUCAUGCAGUAAUACGACGUCAUCAGUAUUCCAAUCGACCGCAUUAUCGUCAUCAUUAUCAAUAACGUCGGCACUAACCACAACAGCGACGAUGCCUAUUACAACUUCCAUAACUAGCACCACGUUCAAUUCAACUUCUAGGUCAAACAUAUUUGGUACUUUAGGUUUAAACCCCUUUGAUGGAAGUUUGUUAUCACAUUUAUUAGCUUCCAUGAAUAACAACACAUCAUUGACAAAUUUCUAUACGAACCCUUCAUAUUGUAUAUCAAACACACCAGACAACAUAAAUAAUGUCGGUGACUUUUUAACUAAUGGAGGUGUAGCAGUGAAUUCAUCAUGUAAUUCUACUGCAGUAGCUGUGGCAGCUGUUGCAGCUGGUCUUAUUAUGCCAUCAAAUGGUACUGGAACCAUUGGUUUGUCAAAUAACAUCAGACUCUCUCCAGCUACUGCACUUGGUUGUGGUCUAGUACCACUUCUAAAUAAUACUAAUAACAAUCAUAUUCAUUCUUCAUCAACGUCUAUUCGUAAAAGACGUCAUCAGAAUACUGCACCUAGUGCACAAUUAAAUCUUUUAUUACCGGAACAUGAGAUUUAUGCAGAUUUGACAAUUAUUCAUAGAGCUUGUUCGAAAGUUUCAAAUAUUCCCAAUGGAACAUCAAUGAGUAGCGGUAGUCGUAAGCAUUCUUCACAUACUACAAGCAACAAUUCCAAUUAUACUCCUAAUAAUACUUCGAAUACAUCUCAAUUAUGCUGUAAUAGUCCGUUAAGUCCUUCCUUAGGUAAAUGUUAUGAAGAUAAUUGUGGCUCAAGUAGACUGACAAAAGAUUCCAAUACAACACCUAUGAAUACACCGUUAUUUUCAUCUCAUUCAAUGGGUUCGCCUAAUUCAUUCAAUAGUGCAAGUGUUGGUGACUUGUCAGUAACACGAACAGGUGCACGUACAACUGGUACCGGUCAUAUUGGAACUAAUUCAUCCAUGAAUAACCAGUCAAAUACAUCGUUUUCUGUAUGGAUAGACGAUGGACGACUUUACUGCGGGCAUAAAUGGUAUGAUAUUUCGGUUCAGCGUUUUUCUUUGAAACAGUUUAACUGAGAUUAUAAAAUUGUUUUUUCCUGAAGCAAAUACUGUUACUGUCAAGGGAAUUGUUGGUUUACAGGUUUUUGUAGGUGUAGUAUGUGUUGAUCUCUUAUUUAAGACAUGUAAUUUAUGAUGAGUUAUUCUACUUGAGUUUACCGGAGAAAAGUUUCAUAAUUCUACUUGACGACUACUAGUUUUAGACAGACAACCAUUACAAAAUAACGAUCACUAGAUAGUUGUUUCAUAUACGACUUCUAAUCAUUGCGUACCCAAGAAAUCAUUACAAAUCUAACUCGGAACUUUUAUGCCUUAUGCUGAGUCAUUUGAUAUUUCCGAUUGUGGAAUCAAAUAAGAACGCUGCGUUACAUCAUCAUAAAUACUAAUAAUAACCACAAACUAUUGUCAUGAUUUGAUAAUUAUCUAUUUGUUCCAAGGCACAAAUGAACAGUAUAUACGCUAGUUAGUUAGUUCACAUGACGAAUACACAACCGUUUGAUAUUAAUCAUCCAUAUAUGAAAAAAAGAGAAAAAAUGAUGGGAGCUUUUGUGGAAGCCUUUGUAUUUUUAAGAAGAGAUACAUAAAUGCAAUACAACGAUUGUCUUUGUGAUGUAACAACAAUGAUCUUGAAGGCAUGUAACAAACUAGACAAGGAAGUAAACAAUCGAUUAAUAUAAAAUAACAAAGAUCUAUAGGACAAUAUCAAUUGAAAAUUUCUUUUCAAAGGUCUAUCUACUCGUCAGAAUUUCAAUUUAUUCAUAAAAGGAAAAGAAACAGAAUACUUUGAAGUCUCCUUAAUGACCAAGUUUAAGAAUUAUCCUUGGUGUCUUAAUGAAAGCGGUGACCAUUGAAGUUUAUUUAUAUCGGAAAUGUGACAGGUAUCUUAAAUGCUAGUAGAUAAUAGUUGUUAUGUUAGAUGAUUUAGUUGAAGUUGAUAGCACAAACCCUUUGAUGACAAGUUAAUGGUGUAAAAGGUGAUUUGCUCACUAUCAGUCCCUCUAAGUCAUAUGCUUGUUUACUCAGAAGACUGUUCACGGAGAUUGUUGUGAAUAUCCUUACUAGAACGAAGCAUCUGUUUAGUGACGUUUAGUGUUCAGUUGUUUUUCUUUCUAAAAUCAGUCAGUUCAUAGUGUAGGAUAUCUUUAAAGUGAAUACAUCUUCACAAGCUUCGCUGAUUUAGGCGAUCUGAAAAUAUGAGUGCAAAACCCAAGAAACUGCUGUUUAAGCUCUUUUCACACUAGGUGUUUUGUUGGGUUCAUUAUGUACUUUACAAAUCCUUCUAUCUGUAAUGGAAUUCCGCACGGCAAGGUUGAGAUGUACUGUUUCUGUAACUCUCCCUUCUCUCAACAAAUAGGGUAAUUAGGAAUAUCUUAUUUUUCAUGAGAAACAUUUUACUGCAAUGAUAACCGUGUAUUGUCUUCAUCAAACUGUUUUCAUCUUUAGAUGUUGUUACUUACUAAUUUUCGUCUUACUACUCUCCAACCAACUUGUGUAGUAUUGUACAACUUUAAGAAAACAAAUAUUUCAAACAAGAGUCCCACAAUAGGACGAAACGGAUGUCCAGUGCUUCCAGGUUUUCAAUGGUGGUCUAACAUCAAUCAGUUCAUGAUCUCAAUCAAAAACUUAGCAAUCUCCACAACCCCUAAACUGAUGAGUAUAAACUUAAUUGCUUCGCAUCACCAAGUGAACCGUACUAUCAAGUCAAAUUAAUCAUUUAUGAUGAAUUCAUUAUUUUCGUUAUGUUAGUGUGAAAUGUGACAACUCGAAUUCAUGUAUGUAUAUACACAUCAUGUCUUAUUAUGUUUAUUUUGCUUAAGACUAAAUGAUCAAUUCAUUGACUAGUAUCAUUGCUUUUAGCUUCGUAAUAUAUGUACUAAUAUUUGCUUUCUAUUUGAACAUCAAGCUAUCAGAUUGGUGCUUCAGUUAUCUUAGAAGGUCGUGAUGGUUCAAGCCAUCGAUGCACUGGUACAAUAGCAUCUAUUGGUGUUCAAGACAUAGCUAUACGAAGAUGUUCAGAUCAUGGAAUAUGUCGUGUAACUGUACAGCAAUUAAAACAAGGACGAUAUGCAAUAUGGCCAAAUAAAUCUGAAUAGAAUAACUUCACCAUCUCACAAAUCAUUCUUGGUUUUAUUGUAAUCAGAAAAAGAUUAACUAUUGAGAGAACUAAUCCUAUUGUAAAGUGUAGAUUGUUAUUAAUACUGCACUUUUACAAGUUCCUUAUGUGAAUAUAUAUACUUGUACAUGUACAUUUCUAUGAUCGUCUUUAUCAUUUGUCAAUUCCAUCUUUAUUCAUUAUUCCAUGUCAACACCCUGUCAAUCCUGUCAUAUUUUCAUUUCAGAAUAUAAUUUAAUCUCUUCUUUUUCGUU